CAAUAAUUGCCUGUGGAAUAUGCUGAAAUACUAUGUGAUAAAGAUUUUAGGUUUCAAUUGUAAAGAGAGGGAAGUGGAUAAAUCAGUGCUGCCUUCUUUACCAGCAAUGACAAAAGAGGUGACAGAGAAAGAGAGGCUCUGCCCUCUUGAACCAGAGGAUGCUUUCUGCUGCUCCGAAUCUGUGAAAUUUGAUGCACGUUCAAUGACUGCAUCGCUUCCUCCCAACACUAAAAAUGGCUCCUCCGUUCAGGAAAAAGUGAAGUCCCUCAAGGCUGCCCUCAUUGCACUCUACCUCCUCGUGUUUGCAGUACUAAUACCUGUUGUUGGAAUAGUGACAGCUCAGCUUGUGAAUUGGGAAAUGAAGACCUGCUUAGUUGGUUCAGUUAACACAAGUGAUACAUCUCAAAUCCUGAUUGGAAAAGAAAACACCAGUAAGACGGAAGUGAGGUUUACAAUUGCCAUGGAACACAUAAAGGACAUGGAGGCGAGAAUCCAAAGCAUUUCAGACUCAAAGGCCGACCUUAUAGACAUGGAACGCUUCCAGAAUUUCAGCACGAUAACCGACCAAAGACUUAAUGAUAUUCUUCUGCAGUUAAAUUCCUUGAUUUCCUCAGUCCAGGAACAUGGGAAUUCACUAGAUGCAAUCUCCAAGUCCUUGCAGAGUCUGAAUAUGACGCUGCUUGAUGCCCAGCUCCGUACAGAAACACUGAAUCUCAAAGUCCGCGAAUCUACAGCGAAACAACAGCAGGACAUCAGUAAGUUGGAGGAACGUGUGCACAAAGUAUCAGCAGAAGUCCAGUCUGUGAAAGAAGAACAAGCGCACGUGGAACAGGAAGUAAAACAGGAAGUGAAAGUAUUGAACAACAUCACCAAUGACCUCAGACUGAAGGACUGGGAACACUCACAGACACUGAAAAACAUCACCUUAAUUCAAGGGCCUCCUGGACCCCGAGGUGAAAAGGGAGACAGAGGGCUUACUGGAGAACCUGGUAUACCUGGUUCUCCAGGCAUAAGAGGUAUUCCAGGUCAAAAAGGUGACAGGGGACCAACUGGCUUCUCUGGAAAUCGAGGAUACCCAGGAAUACCAGGAAAGGCCGGGAGGUCAGGAAGCCCUGGACCUAAAGGACAAAAGGGAGAAAAGGGGAGUGGAGGCAUAGCAAGAUCAGUAUAACUCCCUGAUCAUACUGGGGCAAGACCCUUUUAAGAUCAGCUGGUCUGAGCUGACCUUUAUCAUCUCCUUAAAAGACCUUUCACCUCUGGACAUGUCAUCAGCACACGUGACUUCUGGCAUCCUUUUGCAACUCCUUCAGAUGACAUUGGUUCCUGUGUCACAUCAUGCCUGGCUUCUCCAUGACUUCUUCUGAUCCUGGGUGCUGUUUGGGCCUCCAUUGCUAUAUGUACAUUAUUACGCACUCUACUACAAUGACUCCCAGCCCCUGAAACCCUUUACCUAGAUGCCUCACAUGCCCUUCAGAGCCUCUGCUGUUCCUCUCACAUAGCUGUGCAGAAUCCCAUUAGACUCUAAGGAAAACUUAAUUGAAUAUUGUUUGAUUAAAUAUCGGUUCUUGAAAUGUAAGGUAUUUUCCUCAGAUACAAAUAGGGGUGGGAAUAGAGAUUUGUCCAACCAUUCACUCACUAAGUUCAUUGUGUACCAAUUGGAGCCAGACUUAACAGCUCUAAUAUGUUUGUUUCAAACUUUAUAAGACUAAUUACCUAUAGGAGACACAAAUAUACUAGUUAUAAACAAACCAGAGAGAACUCUUCCAGGAAAAGAAUAGAGCUAUAGGCCUAUAUAGAUAUUGAGAGGAGAUAAAUAACUUUAGUACUCUAGUAUAUUUAAAAAUAGCUUUAUUUUUAUUGUUUGCUUUAUUUUCUUACCUUUUUAUUCGCCAAAUUGAAGCACAUAUAUAUAUGUAUAUAUAUAUAUUUCACAUAUAUAUACAAUUAUAUACUAUGUAUAAAUCUAUAUAUGAAAGAGAAAGAUAAAAGUUAAACUUCUAUAAUUUCAUAUUUGAAUGAGAACAAAACUUUACCUCAAUAAUUGCUUAUCAAUUUCAAACAAAAACAUUUUGAUCAUAAAGAAAAAGCAAUGCUUAUUUUUAAUUCUAGAAAGCUCUUUACAUUUGUUUUCCUUUUAUAUUUUAAAUACAUAUAGUGGAAUCUAAAUACUGCAGUAGAAAUAGAGAAUUUUUAUACAUUAUAAUAAGGAAGAAAAUAGGAAACAAGAGAAAAUGAAAGAAAACAAAAUGCAGGAAUAAUUAAGAUAUAAUACCUCAUGUUGUUUCUAUGUUGUUGCCUUUCUGUGAGUAAACAGAGCAUAUUUUUUCAGAAUUUUUCUUUGUGCUUUAACAUUAAACCCAAAGAUCCACAGCAUUAAGUGGUAGCAGAUUACUAAUUGUAUGCCUGUGUAUAUCUCACUUUUCCUAUUUUAUGCUCUGCUUAUGAUCAUGUCAAUUCCUACCUCACAGGGUUGUUGUGGGGACCAAAAUAUGUGUGGAGAUGCCUGUAAAACCAUAAAGACCUUUAAAGUCCUAAGAGUA